CACCUUUUGCCAUUCAUCAUCUUUUGCAGCUGGAGCCAAACGGAGCUGCUGGCCGGCCAGUCGAUAGCAUGCAAGUCCUUUGUGUAUUUUUCGGGGUGCUGGUUGUGAGGGCUUGGGCCCAGGUGCUACCCGCUGGGGCACCGGUGCUACCCACGGUCACAUUGCCGCCUUGUGACUCCCCAGAAGCUGAGAUGGCGGCAGGUGUCUUCCAGGAUUACAUCAAUGCUCAGCGCACCAGUGGAUUCAAGUAUUCCCUUAACCAGAUAGACGAAAUUAAAAUCACUGCCAUGCCAAACAUGGACAUCUACAAAAUGGAGAUUGAACUAUUGGAGACCAAAUGCCAUGUCCUCGAUCCAACUCCAUUGGCUGCCUGCCCAGUCAGAACUAAGGCCGAAGUCGCAGUGGAGGCUGACUGUGAUGUUGCAUUCACCAAAACUGGUGGAGUUUUAACAGUAGUACAACACCGAUGCAAAUCUGAAUUGGAAACUUCAGCUGAGGAUCUCUGUGUGGGCUGCCCUAACUUGUUACCCUUAAACGACACUAACGCUCUUCAGAUGACCACAGCUUCUCUUGCUGCCUUCAACAACAGAACUGCCAAUGUCUCCCUCAGCAAAUAUGCCAUCUUGGAAGUUGGACGCCUAUCCACUCAGAUUUUAGCUGGUGGGCCAUCUGUCUUUUCUGAAUAUGCCAUUGUGGAAACAAACUGCACCACAACAGAGGAUGACAACUGUGUGGCCCUGAAUCAAACUGUGGCUAGCUAUGGUUUCUGCACUGCUGGAAGUGUCAAUGCAAAUGUUGCAGUUGACUGUCGGAUAUUUGCCCCACAGGAGCCCAUUUUGCCACCUGCUCAGAACGGCAGAGUGCCUGGAGUGCCUGCCCAGAACAGCACCGUGUCUGUACCUGCUCAGAACGGCACCGUGCCUGUCGUGCCCGUCGUGCCUGUGGUGCCCGUCGUGCCUGCAUUUAUGCCUGUACUUGAUGGGCCGGGGCUGCUGUCCGCUGAGUCAGCGGAAUCAUUGGAAUCACUCAAGAUGAGACCAGCAUCUAUCAUCCCCAUAGUGAAGAGAGAAGCACCUGCAGCUGAAACAGUGGCCCCCAGUGGCCAACCACCCAUGGUGCCAGUAGUACCCAUCUGCCCAGGAAAAGUUAAACACUUCUUAACUUAACUUAACCAGCUUCUUAGUAUAGUCCCCUGGUCAAGCCGACUUUGGUCUUGACUUUACUCUUAUUAAUGCACACAUUACUGAAAGGUACUUUAUCUGAACUUUAGUCCAUUCACUCCUGACUAAAGAAAAUCCUCACAUCCCAUGAUCUGUAAAAGGAACAAAUGACUGAAUUAAACGUUGAUAAGCCUCCACCACAAAACAACAUGCAUGGCUCACUUGUGUUGCCACCGGUUCCAGUUUUUCCUGAUGGUCCCAGAGUUUCAUGGUCUGUCCAGGGUCGGUUCUAGUCAAUUUGGUGCCCUAGGCGACUUGAGCAACCCUCUUUCCUUUUAGUGGAAUUAGAAAUGGGCAUCUACAUAUACAUAAAACAUACUGCCAUACAUCUGAUCGAGCACAGCUGAUCUAGUACCUACGUGUAUACCCAUGAAUAAUCAUUGUCAAAGUUUAAUGCAAUAUUUUGCUUAAUGCUCUAAUUAUGUGGGACGUGGCGCCCCCAAGACAUUUGACGUCCUAGGUGACCCACCUUGUCUGCGCCGGCCCUGGGUCUUUCCCCGGGGAAAUAUUUUCCCUGGACACUGAACAAAGGGAGUCAUUGCUUUCAAGCAAAAGGAUUGGUACAGUAAUUGUUGAGAUGUCUAGGUGUUUGUCAGGGGUGGCAAGCUGGCAACCCUACUUGUGUCCA